GCCGGGCCCUGAUAAAUAGGAGGUUCCUGCCGUCAGCCACACUUCCUCUCAAGACUCCAAGCAGGACUAACCACCACAAGAAACCAUGGAGGCUAUCAAUAACAACGUUGGAUUACCUUCAGUUUUUUCUCAUGGAAACAAUGGGACUCAGCAGUCCGGUCAUAUGUGGAGACCAUGGACUGCAGAGAACAACACUACCGCACACAUGGCUCAUUCUAUUCAAGGAGACAUUUCUGCUGCACAAGACCCCAAAGCUUCUCAGGUCGUUCACCCAGUGAAGUUGUACUGGCCAAAAUCAAGAUGUUUCGAUUAUCUGUACCAGGAUGCAGAAAUGCUCCUGCGCAACUAUCCUGUCCAAGCUACCAUCUGCCUUUACGCAGACUCCAGCAGCGAUGAAGACAGCGAUGAUGAUGAUGAUGAUGAUGAUGAUGAUGAUGAUGAUGAUGAUGAUGAUGAUGAUGAUGAUGAUGAAGAGGAGAUGGAGAAGGAGCUCAACUAAAUAUGGCUCUCUCAAGCCUUCAACAGCAAAUUGCUGCAUAAUGUGAUAAUAUAUUUAAUAAUAACUUAUUGCUGUAAAUAUAUGUAAAUAUGCCUUUUUUACUUCUUCACCAAACAAGAAUGUGAAUCGUUAAGUUAUUCUUUUGACAUGUCUACCUCUUUUGUACUUUGCUGAGAUUUGCAAUAAAAUGCAAAACGAA